UAGGUGGUGGCAUGCACCGUUAACGUUUGUUUACGGUCUGCUGUUACACCGAAGAAGAAGAACUGCACCGGCGCUGUCGUUAUUUAUUGAAAAUAGAUAGCUAGCUAAUUCUCUCACCAAGCAAUAUUAACAUUUGUCAUUUUGUAAUCCAAGUUGUUUUAAAAAACAACAACAACAACAUGACGGAGCCUCAGGCAGCACUGUUACUCAGGAGACAGCUGGCAGAGCUCAAUAAGAACCCAGUGGAGGGAUUCUCAGCAGGUUUGAUAGACGAUAACGACCUCUACAGAUGGGAAGUCUUAAUCAUCGGCCCACCAGACACAUGCUAUGAAGGUGGUGUGUUCAAAGCACACCUCACGUUUCCCAAAGACUACCCUCUCAGGCCACCUAAAAUGACAUUUAUCACAGAUAUAUGGCACCCUAAUGUUGACAAGAACGGUGACGUAUGUAUAUCUAUUUUACACGAGCCUGGUGAGGAUAAGUACGGCUAUGAGAAGCCUGAGGAGCGCUGGCUGCCCAUCCACACAGUGGAAACCAUCAUGAUUAGUGUUAUCUCUAUGUUGGCGGACCCGAACGGAGACUCGCCUGCCAAUGUCGACGCUGCAAAAGAGUGGAGGGAAGACCGACAUGGGGAAUUCAAAAGAAAAGUGGCCCGUUGUGUAAGAAAGAGCCAAGAGACUGCCUUUGAGUGAAUUUUAUCAAGCUGCAACUAGCUUCACUUUUUCAGGGUCUUCAAUGUGAGAAACAACAUGGCGCUGUUUUCCUGCACUCUACUACCCGAUUGCCAGGCUCGUCUUCAUUGCAUUUGGCAGAAACCGUCUGGCAACAAUAGGCUGCAAUAGAACUUAACAGCUGUUGCCACAUGCUGACCGAAAACUGCCACACAAGUGCCAACUCGAAAACAACAAAACAGAAGAUGAAUAACACGUUUUUUUUUUAAGACUAUGAACUUUUCAGGAAGAGAUUGUAAAGAUCUGUAUAUAGCACAGACCUAAAACUGGAUAAUAUAUAAACUGUUCCUACCCAUCCAGCAAGACACAUAGUACCAAAUAAGUAGUGCUUCUGUAGGUAGAAUUUGAGCCCUGUGAGUUAUUGAAGUUUUUAGUCCUCUUCCCCGUUCAACAUCCACUCCAGUGUGUAUUAGUGUAGGUAUGUUACAGGUUGCUUUGAUGGACAGGAAGCCUUGAAGAAGGCAGAAUGGUAAGAAUGCGAUGCUGUUGUAGAAUCCAACUAUUGGAGAACAGCGAAGUUCGGGUUCUAGAAUGACCGGAAUAUCGGGCCAAAAUAGCAUUUAUGGCAGAGGGUGCACUAGAAUAGACACAUUCUGUAGCAUGCUUGUCAUGUUAGGUUCCUUCACCCUUAGCACUUCAGGAAAAUUCACCAUUUUAAAAUAUGAAUAAGUUUAUAGAGGCAAGUCUUUAUUUUUGAUUUUUAACACCAUUAGGAACUUCCCCUACUGUGGUGCACAUGUUCCCCAAAUUGAUCACAUACCUCAUUUGUCAAGUUCAGGUGUGUUUCUUUGGAGAUGGACAUAGCCAUUACAAGUCAUGCAUUAACAAAUUGAGCUCGUAGUUAGGUUUUUAAUUAUACAUUUUUCAAAAAGUGCCUCCUAUUAAAUUGCUUGGCAAUUGCACCCUGUAUUGAACCAGAGUUAGUUUCAGAGAAGUCAGAGAAAUUGUUAACCGCUUAAGUGUUAUUUUAUAACCCUUCACACCAGUACAAUGUAUAAUCAAACAUACUGGUAACCAUUUGGUGUAGCAAUAACCUUCCCCAGAUGUGUGGUGUACGGUCUUAUAUUUGUUUUAAUAUUCUGAUGAGAUUUAGGGGAGCUAUUUCUCUUAGAGUCACCUUGAUGAAACAGAUGAAUUUACAGCGCUUGAUUUCCUUUGUGUGGUGUCGUAGGUAGGAUUUGUUAUGCAUGCUUUAACAUUAGGUUUCCAUGCUGGUAGUAGUGUCUGGGUUUUGAUUUAAAAUGUAUGUUUGUGCCAUGUCUUAUUCCCCCCUGAUCCUCGAUUUUCUCCUGGUGUUUGAUUUUAUUCUGGCUCUGAUGGACUAUUGCAGUUUACUUGCCUAAUGUACAAAGACAAAAUUCUGAUGUAUAUUUUUCAUGUUAUGAAAAUUGUCACCUUGUGUAGUGAGUUCUUCUAAAAUAAGAUUCCCCCUCCAAUAAUAGUUGGGGUAUUUUCUUUUAAUGAAAAUGAUGUGUACAAUGUU